AUGGGUCGAGCGGUAUCAAAACUUUCUCGCACAUUAGGUUUAUCGGGACCCAAUGCACCAUUUAGUGGACUAAAUAUAUUCGGCGGUGCAGAUGCUCAGCCAGAGGAACCUCCCGUUCAUCAAUGGGAUACAACAAUCGAUCAAUUGUUUGGUGAUGUUCCCGUUAUCCCACCACCAAGUGGAUCAGCUGAUGAUUUUGAUUUAGCUGGCUUAGAAGAUGAGAAUGUAUUAAAUAAUCGUGGUUUAAGACGACAACCACAAAGGGGGCCACAACAGCCACGAAGGAGAAAAAGACGGAAACAGCGACCACUUCAGUCAAACAUAUCGCCGAAUAUUCCAAGACGAUUAGCGGGUCCACCUCAACGACGUAAAAGACGACAUGGCCAAAGUGCACGAGCACAACCUGGUUCAUUCAACAUUGAAAAAAGACAGAUUUAUUUGCCGGGAAUGAAUAAUAACAGAGUCGUAAUGCCGAGAAUCGCAGCUGCAUCAGCAACUAAUAAUAAUAGUUUCAGAAGACGUCGGCCAUUACGUCGCUCAUUACGUUCUAUCGACAGACGAGGUAUUAUGCGUCCAUCACCAAGGAGCGCUGUGAUCCCUCAACGUCUCGGCGAUCUCCUUCGAUGUCCAGUUUGUUUGAAUGAAUAUGUCGAUCCACACUUGUUACCCUGUGGUCAUACAUACUGUUAUUCUUGUCUCAAUCAAUUGAUUCAAAACAAUAAUAUUCUUAUCUGUCCUGAGUGUCGCAAAGAACAUAUUGUUCCACCAGAAGGAUUUCCAUCUAAUUUUCUCGUACGAAAUUUAAUCGAGGAAAAUUUGCAUUCAACCAGCGCUAAAUGUACAGAAUGUGAAACAUUCACAGUUUUAAGACCUUGUCGACAUUGUGGUUUUAUGUUAUGCGAUAGAUGUUAUCAACGUCAUAAAGAUCCUAAACUAGCACAUAGAAAAUGGAAUGGUGGUAUUUCACAAUCAUCCAUCACCGAUCCAUUUCCAAAACGUGUAGCUCUAACUCAAUUAAAUCGACGAUUAUUAAGUAUGAAAGAUGAGAAGACUAUUCGUCUUUUUGUUGCUGUUCGUAAAUUACUACCUGGUGCUUCACAAGUCAAACGAUUAACAGUUGACAUACCAAUAACAAAUUUUUUAGAAGAACCAUCUAUAAAUCUUGUUCAGAUUAUUGCAAAACGAGAAGGACUUGGAAAAUUAGAUCAACUCAUCUUGGAAUAUGGUGACAAACGAAUUCAUUUCAAUCGAACAUUAAAUUCUUAUGGUAUUGAAGAUGGUGGUCUCUUAUACUUGUACAAUCCCGAUGAUCGACUCAGUUAUUUGUAUGAAAAUGGCGAUGAAGCGAGAGUUGUACCACAAGACAGAAGAAAAAGAAGUACCAUGAAUAUUACAAGAAAUAAUGUUGAAUUAUUAUCUCAUCAUUCAUUAAAUGAUGAUAAUUAUCAGACUAGUAAAACGAGUACCAUUAAUAGCAAUAGUAACAUGUCUGACAGGGAACAUCUUUAUAAUAGAACAACACAUGUACACUCUCCACCUACUCUGGCCACAUCGAGGACAUCGUUACCCACUUACUCUGGUAUGAGUACUUUAUCAAAUACGAGUGAAUAA